CAACGUACGAACGAUGCAGAAACUUUUAACUGAGGAAGCUACUUAUUGCAAGUCACAGGAAAUUGGCUCAGGAGGUCCUUGUUCAAAGACGUAGAUGACAGAUGAAAUGACUAAAUGUGCUCAUUAAGGGUGAAGUCGAGAGGAUUGAAAUGUUUGUUAUUCUGGUUCUGGCUCUGCAGCUAACAGCAGAAGUCACGGGACAGAUAUCUGCCCGCUUUGUUGUCCAAGACGGAGAUGACAUCACUCUGCCUUGUGAUAAUUCAAUAGAUGAUUGGGAUACGUGUGGAAAAACUGAAUGGCUGUUCAGUAAAUCCCAGGAUGCAUUAGUUCUAGUUUCUAGUGGCAAGCAAGUUCUUAAAAAACCAGAGAGGUUGAAGGUGGCGACAAACUGCUCUCUGGUCUUAUCAAAGGUCUCCGAUAAGGAUGUCGGUUUCUACACCUGCAGAACUUCACAUUUUAGGCAUGAUCAUGAUUCUCAUGCGUCUUUGUUUCUCAUAACACUGACUGAGAAGGAAGAGGGGGAGCAGGUGAAGGUGUCCUGCUUUGUGUCAGCAGGUGGGAACUGCAAACACACGGUGGAGUGGCUGUAUGAGGGGAAACCUGUGGAAGAUGCCAGGACCGUACGGACAUCCAGGUGCUUUGUUACUCUGGUUAUUCCAGCUGGUUCUCUUCAGAAUAACUCAAAAUACCGCGAGCUGUCUUCAUGCAUGGUAAAGGAUGAUCUCACUGGAAGAGAGCAGCUGUUUUCCCUCAGCCCUGAGUCUGCUGAUAAUGAAGCAAACACAACAACAGAACCGCCUGGAACCGUGCCUGCAGUCAGAGACACUUCCACAACCCCACUGAAUCUGUGGUUAUACAUCGUUGUGACGAUUGGUCUAGUGGCGCUGAUAACGACGGUGGUGAUGCUCAUGGUGUGGAUAAAGAGGGAAGAUGAAAAAUCAAAAAUGCUAGAGGAUGUGGAACUAAACCUAAAUUCUACUGCGGUUCUGUCCGAUCCAGAGACCAGUCCAGACAUGGCCAACCCUGAAGAUGACGUGUCCUACGCCACCAUUUGCCACGCGAAGAACGCCAAAAGAAAAACCCGUGAUGCUGAGGAGGACCCGGUGACCUACAGCUCAGUGAAGGUCCAUUCUGCUGGAGCUCCCCCUGAUCCUGACAGCCUCUGCGCAACCAUCCACAAAUCAAAUGAGGAAUAUUCUGCUAAUAAUGAGCCUUAAUCAUCAUGUUAGCAAACCUGUUGAAUUAUUAGCUGAAUGGUUGUUUGGCUUAUUAGAGCCAGGGCGUGCAUGAGUUGGUGUGAAGGCCAGGUUAAAUAAUCCAGUAAAAUAAAUACCUCAGCAAGCUGCAGCAACCUAUUAUUUAUUUCUGAUCACUUAUUUAUUAGGUAUAUAAAGUGAUGAAAGUUGGGCAAAGGCGCUGUUCAGAGGUUAAAUAGCGCAUUAAAGGAACUUAUUAAUGCAUGAGUGAGCCGACUAGAACUCUUAAUUUAUCUUUAACAACUGCUCAACAAUGAUCAGCAGGUCAGAAGCUGAAAAAACAUUUUCUUUAUUAAAUGGUGCAAAAAAGUAAAUCCACUUAUUAUUCUCUGUAAAUUUUCUAACCUUUUAUUUUGAGCUUAGUAAGAAUGUGAUAAAUAUUAGCAGCAUAUGCUUUCAGGGACAAAAAUCUUGUAAUUAUUCUAUUUAUUUAUUAUAUUCCAAUGUGUUGUCAUGUCAGGGAACUCAGCAAGUUGGUUCCUUCCAUGAUUGUAACGAUUAAUUGUUGAAUUAAAACAAAGCUUAGACACA